AUGCCCGAACUUCGCAAGCUGAUAUUUUGCAUCUGGAUUAGAAGGCUGCGAAGUGUACGACCUGUAAACCGGUUUGUGGUAAGUUUUAGCUCUUUAUAGCACGACAGUGACCAGAAAACCACUCCACUAGCUUCAAAACACGUUUUUCGGCAAAAUCUCCAGGAGCGAAUGGGUUAAUAGGGUUGUGUUUCUUAACUGGUAUAUUUGUAACACAGACAACUGGGAGGUGAUCAGAGAUAUCCACCAUUACAAUCCCAGAGACAAUUUUGGAUGUACUGUUGGUAUAGAUAUGAUCAAUUAAUGUAGCUGAAUGAUAGGUCAGACGUGUUGGUUUAGUAAUAAUUGGUAAUAAAUUAUUGGAAAACAGCAUGUCAAGGUAAGCCUCUGUAGGUGGGUGACUAUCACAUUUAAAAAAGUCUAUAUUCAUAUCGCCAAGGAUAUACAAUUGGUACUUGUUUGGGUUAAAUAGCUUCAUUGUUUCGUCAAGUUUCCCAUUAAAUUCAUCAAUAUUCGCACCUGGAUGUUUGUAGAUACAGCCAACCAAGAUGGGUUUUUGGUUUUUGGGAGUAGCUAUUUCAACCCAAACAGAUUCCACAAGGGGUAUAUCCAAAGUUAUAUCUGACCUUGAAAAUGAUGUUAAAGCUUUACUGACAUAAAGAGCAACCCCUCCCGCUGGGAUGGGAGAAUCAGCUUGGUAGAUGUUGUAGUUAAUCAACUCAGUAUUAGAAAUGGUAUUUGCAUUUAGCCUGAUUUCAGAGACUUCUAAUACAUCAGGCUGUUCACUUGAAGAAUACAGCAUAUCUUCAACCAAGCCAAUAUUUUUGACAGGCUUCUAAUAUUACAAUGAAGAAAUGAGAAGGAUUUCGCUCCUGAUUUACUUAGAACCUUCUUCAAACUAGAAAUAUCAUAGUAAUCAGAUUGAGAGUUAAUUAAUAUAUGAUCAGGGUCAGCAUCAUCAGAUUUAUCAGGGUUGGGUAGCAAAUUAUAUAAAUCUAAAUCUUUUAAAUUAUCUAUCUGCAAGUGACAGGAUCCAUCUAGAAUAUGAAAUUCUCUGCCAUUGUCAUCAUGAAAAGGUAAAGAUUGCACGCUAUUUUGGGAAUGAUUGAGGUUGAACAUGUAUGUGUCUAUAGGUUAAAUAUUAUAGGGCACAUUUACCUGGAGUACAAAUUUCAGGAUGUUCUUUUCACUGGAACCAAGCAAUGUGAAGAAAGGUUAGUAUAACGAAUAAGAGUAGUUGAGAGUUGUACACCCCUUUAGCAGUUCUAAGGUCUGCAACUGGCCUACUAAAUUCUGAUUUUUUUAUGUUCAUUGUAUGUUUCUUAAUAGGUUCAACUAUAGGUGGACUAUGUAGACAACAAAUGGAUCAAACCCAACACUUUUCCACCAAGUUCCUGGAGCAUCUACGGACAGCCUGUCCGUACCAAUAAUGAUAUCGAGGGAUGGCACAACUCCCCCAACCGACGCGCUGGUGGUAGAGUUCAUCUACCUUUCUACCUCCUGAUUCAGUUGCUCCAUCGAGAGUCCUCUGUGUGCACCGUCCAAGUUCGCCUCGUCAAUGCCAGAAAACUUCAAAGGAUCCAGCGUAAAAUAUAUCCCGCACUUCAAGCAACAAUCUUUGGCUACUGGGAAGACUACACUGCGAGUAGGCGACUCCUUAAAGCAUUCUCUCACUUAGCCCAUGGACCAGAUCAUACAUAUUAG